AUGAAGAAAACUAGGCAAAAGAUGAAUUUGAAAGGGGAAAAGAAAAAGCCAAGAGAACAGAAAUACAGAACCAAAGACAAUAGGAGAUCAUAUACAUUUAGAAGUUCCAAGAUUUGUAGUCAGCAAGAUGGAGAGCCAGGAGAGCUAAUGGGAUAUUUACAGUCUGAUUCUGAAGGCCUUAGUACUAAGGAUUUCAAAAAGAGUUAUUCAGCACCAGGGCUGGAAAGUUGUUUGGUAUCCUGUGGAGAAGUGUUUGUUAAGAAGAUGCACAGUGUAGACCAGAUGUCCAAGAAACCAGAAAUUCAUCUUGUGAGAAGAGGUUGUUGUGAACAUUUGAAAAUUGCUGUUAAUCUCUGGGACCAAGACAACCAAGCUAAUCUCUCCUCUGUCACAGAGUUCCUCCUGCUGGGAUUCUCCAGCUUUGGAGAAAACCAGCUCAUCCUCUUUGCUGUUUUUCUGUGCCUAUAUCUGAUUAUCCUGUGUGGAAACAUCACCAUUGUCACUGUCAUCCGCCUGGAUCGCAGCCUUCACAUACCUAUGUACUUCUUCCUAGGGAUCCUCUCCAUCUCUGAGACCUGCUACACAUUUGUCAUCCUACCCAAAAUGCUCAUCAACCUGUUGUCUCUUCUCAGAACAAUCUCGUUUGUUAACUGUGCCAUUCAGAUGUUCUUCUUUCUCAGUUUUGCUGUCACUAAUUGCAUGCUCCUGGGAGUGAUGGGCUACGAUCGCUAUGUGGCCAUUUGCCACCCACUUCGUUACCCCCUCCUUAUGAGCUGGCAGGUAUGUGGACAGCUGGUGGCAACUUGUGCUGGAAUUGGUCUUCUGUUUUCACUAAUAGGUUCCCUUUUAGUCUUCAAACUCCCUUUCUGUGGCCCAAACAAAAUCAACCACUACUUCUGUGACAUUUCACCAGUUAUCCGCCUUGCCUGUACUGAUAACUAUAUCAAUGAGCUAGUUAUCUUCGUUGGCGGAGUUCUAACACUUAUGGUCCCUCUGACAUUCAUUUGCAUCUCCUAUGGCUUCAUUGUUCGCACCAUCUUGAAGAUCCCAUCAGCUGAAGGCAAGCGAAAAGCCUUCUCCACCUGUGCUUCCCAUCUCACCGUGGUCAUUGUACACUAUGGCUGUGCUUCCUUUGUCUACCUGAGGCCUUCAGCCAAGUACGCAUCCAGCAAAGAUCGGCUAGUGACUGUGACCUACACAGUUGUGACUCCAUUGUUGAACCCCAUGGUGUACAGCCUGAGGAACAAAGAUGUUCAGGUGGCCAUUCGGAAAGUGCUUGGCCGAGGAGGAUUUUAUCCUAAAGCUCUAUAA